AUUACACAAGGCUACAUCGUCAACAACGUCUCGAAUCACCAGCAUUCUCGAAUUAACAGAAAAUGUUUCAAGCAAGUUUCAGUAAUUUUGAAGUAAUUUACAUAUAAUAAUUGAAAUUAAACUUCAAACACGACUUAAAGUGAGACGGAUUUGAGUUGUCAGAGUCGAUUAGCUGGUGUUGGCAGCACCGGUUUGAUCCAAUAUUUUAUCUACAGUCAACAUGGCUGAACCAGAAUUAAAUGUUGAUAACCUUAUACAGAGAUUAUUGGAAGGGUUUAAAAGUCAACGAGAGUUACAAGAAAAUAAGGACCCCAAGAAGAAAUCUAAAAUCAAAGAUAUAUUUAUAUCUUCAGAACUGAGAGGAUGUCGUCCAGGAAAGUCAGUGAACAUGACAGAAGCGGAAGUACGGAGUUUGUGUCUCAAGUCUCGGGAGAUUUUCCUUCAACAACCUAUAUUGCUGGAACUUGAGGCUCCACUGAAGAUAUGUGGAGAUAUCCACGGUCAGUACACCGAUUUGCUACGACUGUUCGAAUAUGGAGGUUUUCCACCUGAAGCGAACUAUCUCUUCCUCGGCGAUUACGUCGAUCGCGGCAAACAGUCCCUUGAAACGAUCUGUCUUUUGCUUGCUUACAAAAUCAAAUAUCCGGAAAACUUUUUUCUGCUGCGAGGUAAUCACGAGUGUGCCUCUAUAAACAGGAUCUACGGUUUCUAUGACGAGUGCAAGAGAAGGUACAACAUUAAACUAUGGAAAACAUUUACUGACUGCUUCAAUUGCCUGCCAAUCGCGGCUAUUAUUGACGAGAAGAUUUUUUGUUGUCACGGCGGUCUCAGUCCUGAUCUCCAAGGUAUGGAGCAGAUCCGCCGCAUCAUGAGACCCACCGACGUACCAGACACAGGAUUGCUGUGCGAUCUGCUGUGGUCCGAUCCCGACAAGGAUGUGCAGGGUUGGGGCGAGAACGACCGCGGCGUCUCGUUCACUUUUGGCGCAGAUGUCGUCGGUAAAUUCCUCAACCGUCAUGAUCUUGACCUGAUAUGUCGUGCACAUCAAGUAGUAGAAGACGGCUACGAGUUCUUCGCCAAACGUCAAUUGGUCACGUUGUUUUCAGCGCCCAAUUACUGUGGCGAAUUCGAUAAUGCCGGCGGUAUGAUGUCGGUUGACGAGACACUUAUGUGUUCGUUCCAAAUUUUGAAACCAUCAGAAAAGAAAGCGAAAUACCAGUACCAAGGAACUAAUUCCGGUCGUCCGCAAACGCCGCAGAAGACCACGGCAAACAAAAAAUAGAGUGAAUAGAUUUAUACCAUUUAUUUCCUAAUUUUAAUUUUGUCGAUGCAUUUUUAAGAACAGUGUAUUCUCUUAAAUACUAUUACAAAAUAACAGUCGGUCUAUUGAGUGCAAAAUGAAAGAGUAUUGUAUAUUAUUUAAACUUUUAUUAUAAUUUUAUGAAUUGACUGAUUAUACACUUAUUCUAUCAAUGACUGACUGAAGAGUCAUAUUAAUUUUAUUAAAACGUAUCUUUGAAUUUUCGUUUUUGUGUCUACAAGGGCAUAUCUAACUGACAGUAUUAAUUGUUUAUUGCAAUAAAAUAAUUUACGGCACUGAAUUCAAAAAUGACGUUAAGUAUGCCCUUUUAGCUAGCGUGUUUGCUUGCAUUUAGUCUCUGAGAGAAAGAACCGCUGGACAAACUUAUAACAAUUGUUAAUCUUAUUUAUUUAUUUAUUUUUGUUAUAUUAUGAACAUUAUUGAUUUUUGGUGCCUUUAGAUAUGUCGAAGAAAGCGUAAUAAUUAUUUUUGACUAUUAAACAACGACAAUUAAACUUAUAUUUAUAUAGCUCUCUGACAAUCCUUUAUUUCAUUGGCGAUUUUCUUUGGAGUUAAAAACAGUUUGUCCAUGGCGGUUUUUUCCAAUUUGAGCAUUUAAUCGUGCAUCCUAUUAUAGACGGCCAAAGAGUUCGUGAUUCGGCAUGAUAAAUCUAAAACACCACAAAAAUAUUUAAUGUAUUCACAGUUGUUUCGAAAUCGUAACUAUGAAUUGGUUUUUUACCAUUCUUAAUAUUGAAUCUCACCUUUUUAUUCACGAGAACGGUAUAGAUCUAUAUUUUAUAUAAGUUCUGGCGUUCUUUAAUUUUAUUACCUUGUUUUAAGAACAGAGUUUUAUUAAACAGAAUAUUGUACUUUCAGUAUAAAUAAAUAUAUAUUACUAAUG